CUCAUCCAACUAGCCGGAUAUCCUGAAGAGACAUGGUGUCGGCCGUCACUAGCCGUGGACUUGCUCGCUUCACAGCCAUUGUCACUUCGGCGCGUCACGCGGGUCAUCAGCGCUCUUGUCACGGCAUACGUGAAUCGUGCACGCCUAAAGAGCGUCCACCAUGUCCGCCAUGUGAAUCAGCCCCUCCACCAGCCUGCCGCGAGGCCGCCCAAGACACACAGUGCGCUGUCCCCAAAGUAUGCUGUGCGCCGCCUUCCGGACUCCGCCCACCGUGCCCCCCAACAGAGCCCCCAUGCGCCCUUACAUGCGAGAAUACAUCGAAGGUUGUGAAACCGACUGUGGAGCCGCGCCAAGUGGUGGGAUGUGGCGUUCAGCUCGACCGUGUGGCGCAGAGACUGGCCGCCGCCGAACACCGACGGCGCGAGGAAUACGAGCUCGAGGCGAGGCAGUUGUCACAGUCACAUCCCUCGCCCAUUCCUACCGAACAUUACAACCUCAGGGGCGAGCAGCAUUGCGCACGGGCCACUGACGGCCAUGACUACAUCUGCGCCCAAACACCGACUCCCACGCGCACCUGUGUUAACGGCGUUCCACCACCUCCGAUGCCGGUGCCACUCAAGUCCUCUAAAGGCUGCGAAAUUCAAAGAAGUCACCAUCUCGACCCCUGCGCUCAUAAACCACGAGUCUUUGUAGAAAUCGAUCGAAGUGCAACGAUUAAAUCUAAUGAGAAAACUAGUGCCGAUAAAAGCGCAACUAAUUCGACUUGUGCACGCAAACAGUGCCAGGAAAAUAAAAGAGUUUGGUGCAAAUCACCACCACGGUUGGCUAACGUACCGCCACCCUGCCGAGAGCCUAGUCUAGUUGAACGACUUCGGCGUGGUAUCGGGGGCACCGACGGUAAGCCCUCCCAUCGAGCCUUGCACACUUGCCCUGACACAGUCUCCGGCUCUGUGAACACACCUCAGUCCGAUAAGAUCUCGGCUAUUUUGAAAGAGACAGAAAACUAUGAAGAGUCCGGACGAGGGCGCACAGUAGGCUUGAUUAACAAUAACGCAACAGUAAAGAAGUCUAACUUCGGGUCUCUCGAGUUACAGAUUCCAUCAGAGGCUGAGGCUGUGAGGGUGAGUGUGACGCUAGAUGUCGCACAAACCGCUGGAAAUGCAAUGGCCCGUCAUGCGACAGCGAAAUGCACACGUCGCGGGUCUUCGGACUCGUGGCUCUCUAUAAAAAACAUACAGAAAAAGCUUUCAAGCAGUAAAAAGAAAGAUCCGAAACCAUGUGAAAAAGAAACUAGCUGCCCCGUGCCACCGCGGGUCAUUCCGGCAAAUCCUUGUGCCCCUUCCCGUUCGCGGCCUCCUAAUCCACCCCGUACUCCCUCCACGGCCGACCCCUGCGCUCCAAAGGAUAACCGCACACGUUCCAUUUGUGCCAUUUACCCACUUCAUAUUUUAUGUUGAUAUAAACACCAAAAUUCUUGUAGAUAUAUUAAAA